UUGAAUAAUAUCUUUAUCUUAGAGAAACGCGGAUGGGGCAUGAUCACGUUGAAGUACAAAGUUGUUUGGCCAUUGCAUCUGCUGUUCAAUCCAACCGCGUUGAACGAUUACAACACUUUGUUUCGCUUCCUGUUGAGAGUUAAAAAGACCCAGAUAGACUUGUGGAAUCUCUGGAGCGAGCACAUGCAACACAAGAACAUCGACAUCGGCGUGAUCCAGUUGAGAAAUAAUCUGGUCUUUAUCGUCGACAACUUGCAGUAUUACCUGCAAGUAGACGUGAUGGAAAGUCAGUAUACCGUAAUGGAAGCGAGUAUGAAAAACACGCGGAAUUUUGAAGAUAUACAAAAGGCCCAUUCUGUGUUCCUGGCUAACGUCAUGUCGCAAACCUUCUUACUGGGCAAUGGAACGGGAAAAAAGAAUCCCGUGAAUAAGUUGAUUCAUCUUUUGUUGCGGCUGUGCGACGAUUUCAUCUUGCAAGCGUCCAUGUGGGAGGUCGGUAAUUUGCUCUUAACGGAGAAAGAAGAGCUCGAGACAUUAUGCGAGACACUUGACAGCGUAAUGAACUGGUUGACAAAGACGUUGAAUAGAGUACGUGCGCAACCUAGUGGAGAGCACUUAGCUCGAUUGUUAUUGAGAUUAGAUUUCAACAGAUGGUUUAGUAAGAAAGUUUGAAGCAGGUAAAAAAAUCUCGCAAGGAAUUACGUGUGUUAUUGCAGCGUUCUGCUGAAAAAGAACAUAAUAUUAUGUCUUCUUUAAAGAUUGUUUUAUUAGAACUCAAUAAUGUUCAGUCAAGAAUACACGAUAGAAGGCUAAAUAACGCUAUUAUUUUUCUCCGAGGCUAAAGUAUGCGCGAAAAAUUGAAAAAUGAGAGCUUUAACUAAUUUAAAGGAACACUCUGUGUUGCUCUUUUUUGCACAGAUUACGUUAUGUAUUUGAAGUCGAAUACUCAAAUUUACUUUUCAUACAAUAUACUAAUCACUAAUAUAAAGUUUUCAUUUAAUUUCAUUGUAAUACUCUUUACGAAUGAGUUGAAUAAUGCUAAUGGCAGUAUGAUAAAGAGUUGGUACGUUGUACAUGUUAUACAUGUUUUGUGAUAAUACAAUUAUUGUUCCUUUUUUUAAAUUAAGGAUCUUAAUCUAUUAUCUGAUAUUGUAACAAUACGCUCUAUCUAUAACAUAUCACAAAUACGAAAUAACAGUUCUGAAGACUCUUGUUUUUUUAUCGUCGGACGUAAACUAUCGACUUAUGACAGUGCGAUGUAAUGUGAAUUUCUUUCUUGUAUUAUCGAAAGUAAAUUAAAUUUCGUCUAUGCUGCUACUCACAUCCUGUAGGAAACAAGAGUCUUACGAUUACAUAUAAAGAGGCGAGCAUCGUUUGAGAUCUU